UUUUGACAAGGCGGUUUGUCCCUCGGCGGCGCCCAUCCGGGGGAGUCUUCGAAGCGUUUGUUGCGUCACGGCGGGCCGGGCGGAGGCGGAGCGGAGGAUAAUGGACUCGCGGGUCAAGGUAUUGCAACUUUUCAAGUCUUUACACAGAACGAGGCAAGAUGUGUUCAGAGGUGAUAAUCAGGCACUAGAAGCUGCAAGACUGAAGAUUAAUUCUGAAUUCCGGAGCCACGUUACUGAAUCAUCUCCGGAGCAAAUAACCAAGUUACUUAAAUUAGGGUCAGAUGUAGAGGUUACUCUUCGGAAGACUGUAAUCCAGGGAGUUCACACGAACCAUAAUACCAUUUUGCUUAGACCCAGAGAAGAUGUUCUCCUGACUAAUGUGCCUUACAAUGACAAUCCUACAAAGAAAACUACAUAGAAUAAGCAAUAUUUCAGCGACGCUUUGAACUUGUAUUGUUAUUGAAAUGAUGUAAUGUUGUCCAAAUUAAUCUUCUGAACUAAACGUAAUCAGAUGCAGUUACACGGCACCUAAUUUGUUUUUACUCCGGACAAAGUAGUUAUCCGUGUAGAUGCCCCCGACUUUGUAAAAGUGUAGAACCACUUUUGGUGUACAAUAGUUGUCCACGAUUAAAAAUUCCCAACUUUUGGAAGUUCCUCAAUGUGUGAAAUAUGAUGUAAAAUUACAGUGUUACAUUUUUGGGAAUGUUUUCUAUCCUUAACCACUAAAGGAAUUAAAUGUUUUUGAUUCAGUAAGCUCAACUGAACAGCAGUCUAAUUGUUAAGAGACCAUGUGCUAACUUGUAGAAAUAUUACUGAAUUGAAAACACAAUUGAAAUAUUUGGAUGA